AUGAAAAACCCAAAACCAGCCAAAAACCUCUCAAAAACUAGGCGAGUAAUCCCUGUCCCUGGAAGCGUGCUCCCAAGGAGCGCCUCUCGCAUGCAUCAGCCUGGGAAAUUUCUUUUUGCCCGAAACUCGUAUAAUGGGCGUGUGUUGCAGCCCAUGCGAGAGCGCGCAGACGCACCGCCUAUUUCUAAUCACUGGCUGAAUGCGGCAACUUGUUCUCAGCACCUGCGCCUGUGCUACAAACUCUCCCCGAUGCAUAUUCUGGAUGUACUGGAAACGAAUAGGUUCGAUAUCAUCGAGCACGCUCUCAAAUCUCGAGAGGACGUGAGGCAUGGCCUUGACGAGUUCGGCACGCUUCUUCGGGAUGCGCCAAAUAGGCUGGCGGCGUCUGCCAAGAGCAUGAUCCCGUUGGUGGUGUCCUUCUACCACGAGCAAGCGUUUCAUGUGCUUCGGCUGUUGAUCAACUUUUGUGCCGACCACGUGGACAACAGGCGGUACUUGCUCUCGGAGGAGCCGAGCCUCGUGGCGUUCUGGACCGAGGCUUUCGGCACCGAAUCCAAGACCGCCGGCGUGGCGGGCGAGCCAAUGCUGCACUACGUGAUGACCUUGGUCAACCAGUUUGUACGGUCUGUGGACGAGAACGAAGAACGGGAGUUUGUGGAGGCAUUGUGGCGGAAAGGAGCCGUGGACUGGACCUUCACAUACCACGGGGCGCUCGACGCGACUCCAGACGAGAUGUGCGGGCCCAUGGAGUUUCUUGUCGAGUACGCCCGGUUUUUUCCGGAGCACGUCACCAAGACGCAGUUCGAGCGCGUUGCGGACGGGUUCGUGGCGUGCCGAAAGGCCACCGCAUAUGCCUGCGCCGCAGAGUGCUUUCUGAUGCACGCGCAGUUUCUACUUAGCUCCACGAGCGUAGACGACGCACGCAAGGACUUCCCCGUGGGAAGGCUCCGCGAAAUGCUCCUGGAACUCCCGGUCCACGACGAGCAGCUGGCCGGCGUCGCCCGGAAGCUUUUUGCCUCUUGCGGCAAUAUCUACUCGUGGCCGGCACAUGACAACUGGCAGGACAUGGAACGCAAGGUCCGGGACUUGGCCAGUGGCCAGGACGCGGUGGUGGCAUGCGCUGCGGUCUCGCUUGGCAACUGCGUGUCCAGCCCCGAGACGCAGGCCGAGCUCGCCCAGAGAAUAGGGCACGUCGCACCGCUUGCAGCCGUGGCGCAGGGCCUCGUGCGCCAUGCGUUCCACGACGUGGUGUACUACCAGGCGUACCACUUUCUCAACAACGCCAUGACCAGAGACGUGGCACGGGGCCUACUCGUGGAGGCCAAUGCACGUGCCUUCUACCGCAACACCAAGGUGGUGGUGGACAACUUCGCCUACUACCCGGAAGUCGGACACGUAUACCUCAAGUUUCUACGGAAGCUCGUGACGCUCGCCUGUUUGGAGGGCGACGCGGACCCCAUGGUCUUUGAGGCCGGGUGGCAGUACUUGCUGCAGUGCGACGCAUCCGGAGAGGUUGUUCUGCUACUCUUGCAAGCGGCUGCGCAGCGGCGCGGCGCGAAAAGCGCGAUGCAGAAACAGCUCUUGGGCUGCGCAUUGGGGCUCGGGGCCUCGGUGGACAUCCGCACGCUUCUCCAGAAAAUCACGGCCAUCUGCGUGUUUCUCCAGAACCACGGCGCGGACGAGAUCCGUGGCAUGUACGGCGCGGACGGCUUUGCAAGCGAGUUUCUCCCGCAGUUGCACGCGUUUUUGCGGCAGUUGGAAGACGCUCUUGACCAGGCAGACGGGGCCGAGCAGAGUGCCGCCGCGCAUGGCGCCCUCUGCAACAACUCGAGGUAUUUGGCGUUGGCCGCGCAGCGCAACCUCCAGGCCAUGCUGCCGCCGGCUGGAAGUCCAGCGCUGGCCGUCUGCGAAACUGCUGCGCGCAUGGUGGCCCGAGCCAAGCGGUGA